AGUUAAAAAUAUAAAAGUGCUUAAAGAGAAAUAUACACGAGAAAUUUAUGAAUGUAUUGUUUUUCCAUCAAAUAACAAAGAUUAUAGAAAAUGUAAUAGUAAAACAUUAUUACCACCAUUAUUUUUAUAUGUUACUUUUUUCCAAUUUAAGAUAAAAUAUUUAUGUGAGACAGAUAAUGUAAUGAACAAUUUGUUCUUUUCACCAAAACAAAUUUUCUUUUUAAAUAUGAUUGAGGAAGAAAAUAAUUAUACUAUUUCUAAGUUUGAGAACAAUACAGAUAUUACACAAAUUAUUGAUUUUACCCAAUUUAAAAAUGACGUUGAAAGUAUAAGAAUUUAUCCGUUGAUAAAUUAUGUACCCAAAAAUAGUUUUUUAAAUGUAAUUAUUUUUUAUUCUCCACAAAAAAAAAAUCUAGUUGAAUCAGAAAUAAAAGUUUCUUAUUUAAUAAAUGGAAUUGAAAAGAAUUAUAUAUCUGUUUUUGUUUCUCAUGAGAUGAAUAAUGUAAUGUUGAACAAAGGAGAAUUGGACAUUAAUUUACCUCGUGUAAGUACCGAAACGGAAAGCAUUAAAAAAGUACCAAUAGAAAAUAUGACUGAGAGAAAUGUUUUAUGUUUCCUAAUUAAAAAAGAAGUCGAUGAUAUAGUUAAUAUACAUAUAGAAGGAAAAAAAAUUUUCAGUGAACAACAAGAAGAACAAACUGAUCAUAAUAUAAAGGAAGAAUUAUAUAAAGAAGACAUUUUAAAUAAUAUAGAAAAUCAAUGGGAAAAUAAUCAGUUGACAUCUUUUAAAGAAGAAAAAAAAAUAUAUAAUUUCUAUUAUUUUUCUUUGUUACCUUUUGAAAAGAAGAAUUUACAUAUAUAUGCUUAUAGUAAUACUUAUGUUAAGAAAUCUAUACCUUUAUUUUUUACAUAUUUAUUAUAUAUAAAUAAUAUAGAUAUGAAGAACAAAAUAAUAUAUUUAAAUGAAAACCUGAAAGAUCAUAUAAAAAGUUGUAAAAAAUUCAACAUUAACGUUAACAUAAUAAAAUGUUGUCUUAAAAUGUAUCCUAAAAUAAUUGAAAGUAGCCCAAUUACAUCUGGAACAAAAUUUAAUGCAAAGGUGAGGAUACAAAAUGAACAUCCUGUUAAGAUAAAUUACCGGACCAAAACUAAAAUUUAUCAAAUAGACGAUGUCAAAUUUUUAGACGAAGAAGAAACUAAAGAAGCUGAAAAAAAUAUAGUAACUGAAAAUACAGAAGACAUGAUAAAUUCGUGUUCUGCCAAAUAUUUUUAUGUUAGUUUUAAUACUAACAAGAAAGGUCGUUUUGUGUACAGAUUUUUUGUCAUCGUAGGAGAAAAUGAGAACUAUAUUGAUAUAAUUGUAAACGUCGUUAUUCCCUAUUUUCAAAUUAUUGAUAUUAAUGAUUUUAAGACACCAACGUCAAUAUACUGGAAUAUGACCUCCAUUGAUAAAAUUAAUAUGUACUUAAAAGAUAAUAUUUCAAAUAUAGAUAUGGAAUACAAACAAAACCAAGGGAUAGAAAACAUGAAGAAAUUAUUUAAUAAUUUUAAUUAUAUAGAUUUCAAUAUAGGAAAUAAUACCUUAAAUGAAAUUACAUCCGUAAAUCUAAUUUUAUAUAACCCUCUUGACAUAUCGCUAUAUGUUGAAAUAAAUACUAUAAAAUCUUAUAUUCUUCCUAUAUUGCCUCCUUAUGUUAAAACACACGAAGAUGAGAUAGCUCACAUUUUAUAUGUUGAUAAUACAUUUAAUAAUUUUAUGAGGUGUUUAGAUAGCUGUGAAAUAUCCCCUACCAAAUUCACAAUAAAAGAAAAGGGGACAAAAACAGUUACACUAUUUUAUAAACAUAAAUAUAUUGGUUUUCACAAUAUGCCAUUAAUAAUUGAUAUUGAAAAUGGGAAAGUAGUGCCUUUGAAUUUAUGUGCACUAACAUUCCAUCCAAAUAUCCCACCUAUAUAUUUAAUGAACAUUAAAGAAUUGAAUGAACACAUUUUGGGAAUAAAAAACGAAUGUAUAUUAAAUAUAGAUAUGUUAAAUGAUAGUGAAGUAGACAUAUAUUAUGAUAUAGAAAAAAAUAACAAUUUUAUGGUUUUAAACCCUAAAGGAAUAAUAAAAAGAAAAAAAUAUCUUUCUGUUUUUAUUUUGCUUUCCAAAUUAUCUCCAUCUAUAAUUAAUGACACGUUGAUAAUGAAUUCUUAUUUUAAACAUUUACAAAAAAAUAUAGAACUAAAAAAAAUAGAAAUUGAACUAACGUUAAAUACAACAUUAGAUAAUAUAUAUAAGGAUCAGUACAAAAAAAUUAAUCUCUUUAAUAAUAAGUGUAUUAACGAUAUUCCUGAUCAAAACAUAAAAACAUUCUGUUCCAAUUUCAUUCCACCAUAUUCUUAUAUAUAUGUUCAAAAUAAGCUGUUUUACAUUUCCCCUAGCUCUAUAAAUAUUCUAUAUGCCCCCACAAAUUCCUUAAUAGAAAGAAUUGUUAUAAUUAAAAAUUAUUCAUCUCUAAAGGAUUUAAAGUUUAAAGUUUCAAAUAAAAAUACUCUUCCUGGGAGUAUAUUAAGAAUUUAUCCUAACAAAGGAAUUGUUAAAAAAGAAGAACAAAUUAUAUUGAGAUUUACUUUCAUUUUAAACGAUGUACUAAUAGAUAUUGAGGGCAACAUUCAAAUAGAGUUAAUGUUUGUAGAAACAGAAAUGUUUGAAAUGCAAAAAAAUGAACAAGUUAAAUACGAUACAUGUGAUGUUAUAGAAACGAACAUUGAAGAAGUAUAUGAAGAUACAAGAGAUAAAACAGAAAGCACUGAGAAUAAAGUUUUAUCCUUACCAGAAAGAAAAAAAAAGAAACGAUUUGAUGAUCUAACCUUUUCACACGCUCAGAAAAUAUUUGACAAUAUUCAAAAGUUCAAAUACACCUAUGAUAAUGUGAAUACAGAUAUGCUUCAGAAUGCUAUAAGACGAUUAUAUGGAGUAAAAAAUGACGAUAUAAUAGAAAAGGAAAAUUUCAAAGAACAAGAAAAACACGACAUCCAGACUAUGUCUAAGUUCUAUUUUUAUAUUCAUGUAAAGUUAUUUACAUGCAAUGUUGAUAAUUUGAAAAAUAAAAAAAAAAUGUUUGAAAAUUUAAUUGAAACUAAUAUUUACUCAAAAUCCUUGUAUUUUAAAAAAUAUAUUAAUUUACCUAUUCCGUUUGAAGAAAGAUCAAAAAGUUUUUUUAAAAGGCAUUAUCUUGAUUUCGAUAAAUUGGAAAAGUUAAAUAUGGAGGAUGAAAAAAAUAAGGAUAUUCCAAUCAAUGAAAAAUUUAUUUAUCAAAAAAAAGAUAUAUAUUGUUGUAUGUUUGCUGAAAUGUUUAAAAGCAUAAUUAGAAAUCAUAUAAAAAAAUACAUUACAUAUCUCUUAAAAAUAAAUACAUGUUCAAUACAAGAAUUUGAAAAUAUAUUGAAGGACGAUCUAAUAGAUAUAAUGACAAGAAAUAAAAUUUUGAAUUCAAAUCUUCCAGUGGAAUAUGAUUAUACAUUUUUGAAUCCAACGAUUAUAUCUCAUUUUUUCUCACACAUGUUCACAGAUAUUAUUGAUAAUCUUAUGAAUGAAAAAAUUAAUUUUAAAAAAAGGGAUGAUUAA